CUCGCUCUCUGCUCUUCCGUCCGUUGUUACAGUACAGUACAGCUGGGAAGGGCAGGACAUUGGCUUCUGGACGCACAGCCCUCAAUACAACCGCCCCCACACCCAGCUGCACUGCUCUCCCUCACAACUGCCCUCACCCGAAAUGUCCCUCCAUAACCGCAAACAAACCGUCCCAGCCUCCUCUCCAAAACCGGCGGCAGCUACGCUCAAUCACCGCACACCCGCAGUCCCCACAACCCCAACAACAACGCAUGUCAUCCUCCGCACCUUGCUCGUACUCAUCCUGGGAUCACUCAUGGCGGCGGCGUUCUUGUCUUAUCUGGUGACGGAUUCCCUCACUUUUGGGUAUACCGUGCCCAAUUGGAGGCGUUUUGUUUAUACCCGCCCCGUGACACUGACAGAAUCCGAACUAUCCACCUACGACGGCUCCGACCCUUCCAAACCCAUCUACAUCGGCAUCAACGGCAAAGUGUACGACGUCAGCGCGUCCCCGCAAUACUACGGGCCGGGAGGCGGCUACCAUUUCUUUGCAGGUAAAGAUGCGGCGCGAGCGUAUAUCACGGGGUGUUUCAAGGAGCAUUUGACGCAUGAUUUGCGGGGGCUUAAUGAGGCUCAGAUUAAGAGCCUGGAUACAUGGACGAGCUUUUACGCCGACAGUCCAAAGUACUUUUAUGUUGGGGAGGUGCUUCACCCGCCAAUCGACCCCGAUGCGCCGAUGUUGGAGGAUUGCAAUCAGUGAUUUUGGGUGCACCGCGGGUUGGGAAGGGUCCGGCGUACCCUUGCAUCAGAUCGAUUAUGUAUACCAGAGGAGGAUGUAGGGGAUUCGGAGACGAGAGGGGAUUCGGAGACGGGAGCGAGAGCGUAGCGCUUCAAAGGAACCUGCCGUGGGGAGGCAAGCGGAGGCUUGGAAACGUUUCGGCGAAGACGACGCCCAGAUGGGGAGGGUUCGUCGUUCAUCCGUAGGCAAGCUGACUGGCAUGAUAAUGCCAAUAUGCCACAUGCCAUGUCCGAGAGAAGCGCAUCAAUGUACAUACACUUCAACAACACAUAUGUGGAUGUGGAAUGUUGCAGAAAGUUGGUACGGGGUUUACUUGGCCGCUUCGAUGAAGGUGCAUUAUGGGGCGGCAGGGAUAAAUGCAUGGCAUAUAUGAGAGCCUUCGCACUCGGACAAACAGCCUUCCCGUCUUGCUCAG